AUUUUGUGUCGCAGUGUAUAUCUCUUAAAAGGAACUGCGGCUGGCAUAGGAUGAUCAAAAGACACGGGCGCGCAGUAGGCGUUGUGGAUGAUGCAACGGGAAACGGCCAUACAGCCAUACAGUCAGUGAACCGACAACGCUGCUGACGCUUUCCUCCGCUCUUUAACGACAGACUCAGGUCCCUUCGGUUAGAAAGAAACCCUCUGUUACCUUCUUUGUCUCUUUCAACAGAAAGCACACAUCAUGUCCAAAGGUACAGUGGUUCUGGCUUACAGCGGUGGAUUGGACACGUCCUGCAUUCUUGUGUGGCUCAAGGAGCAGGGCUACGAUGUCAUCACGUACUUGGCCAACAUUGGGCAAGAUGAAGAUUUUGAAGCUGCCCGGAAAAAGGCUGAAAGCCUCGGGGCAAAGAAGGUUUUCAUUGAAGACCUGCGUGCAGAGUUCGUGGAGGACUUCAUCUGGCCUGCAGUUCAGGCCAAUGCUGUCUAUGAAGACCGAUACCUGCUGGGCACUGCAGUAGCACGGCCCUGCAUCGCCAGGCGUCAGGUGGAGAUUGCACGCAGGGAGGACGCCCAGUUUGUCUCGCAUGGUGCCACUGGAAAGGGAAAUGACCAGAUACGCUUUGAGCUCACAUGUUACGCCCUCUACCCUGAGGUCAAGAUCAUUGCACCAUGGAGGAUACCGGAGUUUUACAACCGCUUCCGUGGAAGGAGCGACUUGAUGGAAUAUGCAAAGGAACAUGGCAUCCCUGUGCCUGUCACCCCUCGGGCACCUUGGAGCAUGGACGCCAAUCUCAUGCAUAUAAGCUAUGAGUCGGGCAUCCUGGAGAAUCCCAAGAGCCAUGCUCCAGCUGACCUGUACCUGAUGACCAAGAACCCAGAAGACUCUCCCAGUGUCCCAGAUGUACUGGAGAUACAGUUCAAAAAAGGGGUUCCUGUCAAGGUGACCAAUGUGAAGAAAGGCAAUUCCAGAAACAGUCCAUUGGAUAUCUUCUCAUACCUCAAUGAGAUUGGGGGAAAACACGGAGUGGGCCGGAUAGACAUCGUAGAGAACCGUUUCAUCGGCAUGAAGUCCCGAGGGAUAUAUGAAACCCCAGGAGGUACAGUUCUACUGAAGGCCCACUUAGACAUUGAGACCUUCACCAUGGACAAAGAGGUGCGGAGGAUCAAACAGGGGCUUGGUAUCAAGUUCUCUGAACUUGUGUACAAUGGUUUCUGGUACAGUCCAGAGUGUGAUUUUGUGCGACAGUGCAUAUCCAAGUCCCAGGAGAAUGUGGAGGGCAAAGUGCAGCUGUCUGUAUUCAAGGGUCAGGUCUACAUUAUGGGACGAGAGUCAUCCAAGUCCCUGUACAAUGAAGAGCUGGUCAGCAUGGAUGUGCAGGGGGACUAUGACCCAUGUGAUGCCUCUGGAUUCAUCAGGAUUAAUGCUGUCAGGUUAAGAGAACACCACCGUUUGCAGGGUUUGUCCAGCACCAAGCAGUAGUUGGAGUCAGUCCUGGGACCCACCUUUCUUUCUUCCUUUUGCUCUCCAUCACAUCUUAAACACCAAUAAAUUGUAACCUUUUUGGCUCCAGUGUCUGUCUUAUGCCUUAUUGUCUAGUAUUAGUUGUAUUAGCACAGUUGAAGGCACAUCAGACUUUUAGUGUUUAAUAGUUUCAUAGUUGGAACCAACCAUUUCACACAUAACAGAAAGCAUUGGCUUACUCCUAAAAUAUCAACUGUAGAUGAACUAUUGAUAUGUGUUUCUUUAUAUUUUAUUCCCUGGAAUUCUUCUCUAUUGUUGGCUUCAGAAGGUCAAUACCAUGAACAGUUUGUAUUCAAAUA